AUGACAGAUCUUGGAGAGUUGCACUACUUUCUUAGGCUUGAGGUGAAGCAAGUUGAAGAUGGCAUCUUUGUGUCAAAGAAGAAAUAUGCUGCUAAUUUGCUUAAAAGGUUUAACAUUUUGGGUUGUAAAAUUGUAGCCACACUAAUGAAUUUAAAUGAAAAAUUGCAAGUUAAUGAUGGUACUGAACCAGCGGAUGCAAGGAGUUUUAGAAGUUUGGUUGGAGGCUUAAUCUACUUGAUUAAUACGCAGCCAGAUAUUUCUGUUAGAGUUAUUUCUAGGUUCAUGCAUUGUCCAUCAAAGCAUCAUUUUGGAGCUGAUAGAAGAAGCACAUCUAGUUAUGUUUUUAGUCUUGGAUCAACUAUUGUGUGCUGGAGUUCAAAGAAGCAAACAACAACAGCCUUGUCUUCAUCUGAAGCAGAAUAUACAGCUGCAAGUUCAUCAGCAUGUUAA